CCCCUGGGCCUGUGGGCAGUGAGUGUUGCCCGACUACCCGUCUUCCUGUACGCACCACGGGUCAGCCGUACCCUGGUAGUGGAUGAUGGGAAACAGCUGACCAUUGGUUCAUGUGUGGAAUGUAAGUCCAUGGUUCUGGCAGGGCAGAAUAUGAAGCAGGACAGUGGACUGGACCGAGGAGCAUUGCCACAAAGUAAACACAAGGGUUCCACUGUGGAAGGGCUGGUCGGCAGCGGUAAAGGGACUGAGUCUGGUCAGCCGAGUGCUAAAGUGGAGGAGAUUUCAGAGCCAGGCCACUCCUCAUCCUGUGACCCAGGGAUCAUCUCUACCAUCCCUCACUCCAGCAGCCAGGAGACUGAGAGAGCGGAACGACCACCAUCCAGCAUGAGCCAUGAGCCUAAGUCACCUUCCUUAGGAAUGAUCUCCACGGCGACACGCACCACGGCAACCGUCAGCCCCCUCACCCCGUCGCCCCUGAAUGGCUCUAUAGUACCUAAUGGCAGCCCGGCCACACAGUCCGCUCACUCUGGAUUCGCUGCUGCCCUUCGCAAACUGGCCAAACAAGCUGAGGAACCGCGAGCAGGUUCCUCUAUCAGUAGUGAAUCCUCUCCAGUCUCCUCUCCAGCCACUAAUCAUAGUUCCCCAGUGAGUACACCUAAACGAGGUCCUAUGGGGCCAGUGAUGGUGCCCCCUGCAGGCCACAGUGUGCCUAGCACGCCACCCGUGGUCACCAUUGCCCCCACCAAAACUGUCAACGGUCUUUGGAGAAGCGAAAGCCGGCCUGUCCGAGAGGCAGGCCCCAGAGGAGUCAGUAGAGACCGUUUGGGUUCAGAAGCGGCACCACCGCAGGAGAAGGGGGGCCCCUCUGUGCCAGCCCAUCUGAUUGGUAACCCUUACGCAUUUGGCCUGACCCCUGGCUCAGUCAUGCAGGACUCACGCUUUCAGCCCCUUAACCUGCCUAGACAGAUGCCUCACGCAGUGCCCCCUGCUGGUGUGCCAGAGGAGUACCUGCGAAGCUUCAGGCCCUAUGCCACUGCAGACGAACUGCGUAUGCCCUCCCUGCCCCUGGGGCUGGACCCCGCCACGGCCGCCGCCGCCGCCGCCUACUAUCACCCCGGUUACCUGCCACACCCGUCUUUCUCUCCUUACAGGAUGGAUGACCCUUUCUGUCUGUCUGCUCUGCGGACACCGUUCUACUCCCUACCCGCAGGGGGUGCCCUUCCUCCUCUCCAUCCCUCUGCUGUUCACAUGCAUCUGCCAGGUGUGCGUUACCCUGGCGACCUGACCCAUCCCUCACUUUCAAGCCUGCAGUCUGAGCGACUGUCAGAGAGGCUCCAGAUGGAGGAUGAGCUCCAGGCGGAGCGUGAAAAAGAGCGCGAACGAGAGCGAGAGAGAGAAAGAGAGAGAGAAAAGGAGCUGGAACGCGAGAGGGAGAGGGAGAGGGAGAGGGAAAGAGAGAGAGAGAAAGAAAGAGAACGAGAGAGGGAGAGAGAGAUAGAGAGACAGAAGGAGAGAGCGGCACGGGAAAAGGAACUACAGGUGUCAAAGGCCAUGGAGAGUCAUUUCCUGGAGAUGCAAGCACAGAGAGGCCUACAGGAGGAGCGAGCCAAACCUGGGGAGAGGCUCACCCCUAACAGACCUGAUAAAACCAAAGAGCCUUCCCUGCCUGCUCCUAAACCAAUCCAACCAAGCCUGCAUCCUUUGUUAAGUUCUGCUCACCACCCAGUCCCCAGCCUGGUGUCUGCCCAUGGGAUGUACAUGGGGCCUGGAGGGGCGGGGCCUGGCGCCCUCACGGCUGCCGCCAUGCUGCAGCGCACCAAUGAGGAGGAGCGCUGGCUUGCCCGCCAAAGAAAACUCCGACAGGAGAAGGAGGACAGACAGUACCAGGUGUCUGAGUUCCGACAGCAGGUUCUAGAGCAGCACCUAGACCUCGGCAGGGCUGGAGAAGGAACGGACCUGCCAGUACUCAACAAUCUCUCUCCCCUCUCCUCAUAUAGACCUGUACCAAACCACCAUGAACCUAGCAGUAGAGACAGAGAUAUUCACCCCCACCUGGGUGCUCCACCUCCUCUCAUCUCUCCCAAACCCCAACACCGCGAACACCCUGCGCCUCCACCGACCACCCUCUGGAACCCCGCAUCCCUCAUCGAGACCACCUCGGAGUCCAGACGCACUCUACACGACCCUCCCGGUUUGGCCCAUUAUGACCUCGGCCGACCCUCGGCCGCCACCUCCAAGCACGAGCGCCACUUUGGCCCCGAGAAGCUAGAGGAGGGGGUUCGGAGGAAGGAGGGCCUGGAGAAGUGCCCCCCAAUCAGGCCACCAGUGUACAGUGAGCCCAGCACCUUCCUGGCUGAAUUGGAGAAAUCCACUCAGUCCUUUUUUAACCAGCAGAGGGCAAGCCAGAGCUUGACCAGUCAGUACGGAGACCUGAGCAGCGCGCUGAAGAGCAGUGGAACCUACAAGAGCCUCCACAUGCCUCCGCGACUGGGACCAGGACCAGAACCGGCGCUGGUGUAUGAUGAGUUCCUCCAGCAGCACAGACGGCCUAUCAGUAAACUGGACCUAGAGGAGAAGAGGAGGAAAGAGGCCCGAGAGAAAGGUUAUUAUUAUGAGUUGGAUGACUCGUAUGAUGAGAGCGAUGAAGAGGAAGUGAGGGCUCAUCUGAGGAGGGUAGCAGAGCAGCCCCCUCUCAAACUGGACGACUCCACCGAGAAAGUAGAGUUUCUUCGUAUGUUUGGCUUGACCACUCUCGCUCGACGUGAUGAGCUUCUCGAGCAAAAGAGGAGGAAGAGGAGGAGGAUGCUACGGGAACGAAGCCCCUCCCCUCCAGCCGUGCAGAACAAGCGACCGGUCCCUCCGGUGCUUAGCACACGCUUCACAGCAGAGGAGAUGGACAGAGCACCUGAGCUGGAAGACAAAAAACGUUUUCUUACAAUGUUCAGUCUAUCCCACGUCAGCCUGCAGCAGAGGAGAGAUAAUGAGAGAGUGGUGGAAUUACUUCAGGCAAUCAAACAAAAAAGUGUGACUUUGGACACUAUCAGACAUAAUCCACAUCCCCUGUGCAAGAGUCCCUCUGCCAUCCAUUCUGACCCUGGCUUGGCUCCAUCUCCCGCCCAGUCAGAGGACUUACUCAAUACCAGACCAACCAGCCCCUCUCCAGUUGUCAUAGGAAUCCCACCAUCAGUAGACCACUCCAUUGUCCCUGAUCAGUCCAAGCCCCUGGCUGACACCCUCAGACCAAAGGAGUCCAUCCUGCCCAGUUCAUAUCCUGAUAAAGCAAGACUCAGCGACGGCACAUCCAGUAAGAAGGCCUCCAGCCUGCUGAACAGUGUACGCCCCCCGUUACACCCCAAAGACAGCUCCGCCAGUCUGAACGGCAGGACCAAGCCAUGGGACAGCUUUAUUUCGGAGAACUUCGUCCAGCAGUUCCACGAGUCCGUGCUGCAGUCCACUCAGAAAGCCCUGCAGAAGCACAAAGGGGGAGCUUCAGUAAUCUCAGAGCCUAAUCACACAGUGGAUUCCUCCGUGCACUACAACAUUCCAGAGCUACAGCAUGCACCUAGUCGCUCCUCACACCCCCAGCAUCAUCAGCCCAACGGCCAGCACUGCCCCCCGCUGCCCAGACGGGAUGGCCCCGGGCCGCGCGAAGAAGUGUCGGCCGAGGAACACUCGGAGGACGAGGAUGAUGAUGACGAAGAGGAGGAGGAGGCUCCUGUUUCCAAGUGGCAGGGAAUAGAAGCAAUUUUUGAAGCUUAUCAGGAAUAUGCCGAAGAGCAAAGCAUUGAGAGACAGGUACUGCAGAGCCAGUGCAGGAGGCUGGAGGCCCACCAUUACAACCUCAGCCUGACCGCCGAGCAGCUCUCCCACUCCAUGGGAGAGCUGAUGGCUCAGAAGCAGAAGCUUGCUGCUGAGAGGGAGAAACUGCAGGCCGAACUGGAGCACUUCAGGAAGUGCCUGACCCUGCCUCAGACACACUGGUCCAGGGCUCACUUCAAGGGCUACCCACCCAGGUGACACCCCCACAACACAUCCUCCCCCUCCCCUCCCUGAAAACCCUCAGACUCCAGCCCCCACCCCACCCUCUGAUGUGUGGAGAGACAAACGCACCUGACGGCAGGGCUCCCUGCUUUCACAGAGAGAGAGAGAGAGAGAGAGAGAGAGAGAGAGAGAGAGAGAGAGCGAGAGCGCUAUCGUGCAGAACGACCACACAGAGAGGGGCCGAGGCUGGAAGAGCAAGCCUGUGAAUGUGCCAUGAGUGUGGGACUCCAGCCCUCUGCCUACCCCUUGUGGGUGUGGGUGGCAUAAGUGGGGCAAAGCUGUUGGAUUCUGCAGUCCACACAGACACAAGGACAUGCACAUAAACAACCCAUGCUAUAAAGCUACGGGCUGUAUGUUAAGUUCACCAUACCCAGAGCCCACUCUAAGACAGCACUCAUUGUGGGAGGGACUCAACUUGUCAUAAAGGAAGUGGGUGGAGCCUAAAGCCUCCGCACAAUACCCUGCCCAACCAAAUCCCUGUCCUCUUUGA